AUGCACUUCAAAAAGACAUCCAUUCUCGCUCUGGCAGCGCUGGCAGCAGCUCAUCCCGGCCAUGAAGCGGAAGAGAGCCGCUCAGCUAUAGCUGCCCGGGCCUAUCGCACCCAGACAAAGCGAGCCCUUGAGAACUGUGCCACUUCUCUGCAAUCCCGAGGUAUCCUUCAGCGUGGCAUCGAACGUCGUGCUGCUGAGGUCACCAGCCAGCGUAUUGCUCGCCGUAUUCCUGUCAACAAUCCCUACCGCAAGCGAGACCUAAUCAAGCGAGACACAACGAGCGUACUGAACAAAAACCAUCAGGGCACGUUGGAUCCGGACGAAGCUCUGGCUGAUGAGACGUACGUCUUCAACAGCACCACUUGUGCUGUUCUCAAUCCUGAGGGUGAAGUCGGUCCCUUUUACGUCCACGGCGAGUAUGUUCGUGAGGAUGUGACGGACGGUGAGCCCGGUGUUGAGAUCAUCUUGGAGGCCCAACUCAUUAAUGUCAACACCUGUGAGCCUCUUACUGGGGCAUGGCUGGACAUCUGGAACUGUAACUCCACCGGGGUUUAUUCUGGUGUCCAGUCUUCUGGUAACGGCAACUCUAACGAUGCCAGUAACCUGGAUAACACUGCUCUACGUGGUAUCCAGCAAUCUGAUGACGAAGGUGUCGUCAAAUUCACUUCAAUUUAUCCAGGUCACUAUAGUGGCCGUACAAACCAUAUGCAUGUUGUUGUGCACACUGAGGCGACCGAGCUUGCGAACGGUACCCUGACUGGUGGUUCCGUACCACACAUCGGCCAGCUUUUCUGGGAUCAAAGUCUCUCGUACUCUGUCGAAGCUCUAAGCCCAUACAACACCAACACCGUCACCUUGACCACUAACGCACAGGACCGUGUUUUUGGCGAGCAGGAAACCGCUGGCACUACUUCAGACCCGGUCUUCAACUAUGUAUACCUUGGUGAUACUCUGAGUGAGGGAAUUUUUCAGUGGAUAGUCAUUGGCAUUGACCCUGACGCUACUUAUACUCCCACCUAUUCGUUUGAGCUGACCGAAGAUGGCGGUGUCGCUGUUGGCGGCUCCUCUGGAGGAGGUGGUGGUAGCGGCUCUGGCCCCGGUACUGGUGGCCCCCAAUGUGCCCACUAG